AACUCAAAAUGAAGCUCAUCCUCGUCCUCGCAUUCGUAGCAGUGGUCGCCGCGAGACCAGAUGAUGACUUCAGCCGCUACGAUAACUUCGAUAUUGAUGAACUGAUUAGUAACAAACGUCUUCUGAAAUCAUAUAUGGAAUGUUUCAUUGAAACUGGAAAGUGUACGCCUGAAGGCACCGAUAUGAAAAAAUGGAUCCCUCAGUCCGUGGAAGACAGCUGCAGCAAAUGUUCUCAAAAACAAAAGAUUCUCGUAGCCAAGGUGGUCCUUGCCAUUAAAGGGGAUUACCCUGAUGGCUGGGUGAAACUCAACCAAUUAUACAACCCUGAAGGCAAACACGAUAAAACACUCAAUGAAUUCAUUGAAAAAUAUGGACAAUGAUUCGUCAC